AUCAGCAUCAAUCAAUUAUUGUUGGAUUUGUCUCUGGCCUGCAGCUCCCACCCUCUUCCUUGGCAUGGCUAUAACCUUUACUACUAUGCUGUAGUGCUGUAGUUAGUUCGGGUUAGCUACGUAGCCGGCUAGCCGUUCGGAUUUUGGGUCGGAUUCGGAUCUACCUACCAUCAGGGUAGAAGGAAUGGAUGCGGAGGCUGGUAGUGGUCAGGCUGAGACUAAGCGUGAGCGUGAGCGUGAGCGUGAGCCUGAUCCAUCCAACUUGAGAUCUAGUACGCAGGAGGAGGAUGAUAAGCAGCUGAUGGGGUCUCAGGCAGCAAACAACACCAGCGGCGCGGGGGGCAGAUCCGGAAGAUGCCUGUGCCUGUGCCCGUUGGUUGCUGCUGCUGUGGUUAUGGGGGUGGGCCUGUUGUUCCUCGUACUGGGUUUGACCGUUUUCAAGGCUAGGCGCCCCACCACUAGCGUCGACUCGGUCUCCCUCUCCCACCUGGACGCCUCCUUGGAUUUAGCGAGUCUGAGAGUGAACCUGAACGUCACGCUGGACAUCGGCCUCGCCGUUGGCAACCCCAACAGGGUGGGCUUCAGGUACUCCCGCAGCACUGCCUUCCUCAGGUACAGAGGCAACAACGUUGGUGAGGUCCCCGUCCCCGACGGCAAGAUUGGGGCCCGCGAGACCCGCCCUUUGAACCUCACCCUCACUUUAAUGGCGGAUCGCCUGCUCUCCAACUCUGCUCUGUACUCCGACAUCACUUCCGGUACUUUGCCCUUUCAAACUCACAUCAGAAUCGCCGGCCGAGUGCGGAUGCUGUUCAAAAUUCAUGUCGUUACCUACACCACUUGCGAUCUGCAAAUCGAGCUCGCCGAUCGGGCUCUCUCUCAGCAGAAAUGCCGUUACAAGACCAAAUUAUAGUUCCACAUAUGUAUAACUAUCUAUCUCCGUAAUCGUUUGAUUUUGCUGUCAACUGAGAUGUUUUGGAUUGCAGCUGUGUGUGUACAUUUUGACACGUUUUGUUUUUCCCGUGUCCAUCUCUCUCUCGAUUUCCUUAUAUAUAUAUAUACACACACAGCUCGCAUGCCCAAUGUUCUACACAACGGGUUGUUCUGUGCCCAAUCAAAAGUGAU